AUGGUCACUGUGACGUAUAAUAAGACCGUCUCGAUGAAGGGUCUCAACUGGUUGAAUGGCUUCAAAUUGCUCAAUUUACACCUUGUCGAUGUGCAAUCCGAUGGGAUAAUCUCAGAAGGCAAGGUACUAAUCCCAAAUGCUUAUGUGAUGGCGAUUUCCUUGGGCAAAGUGACUAUGAAUCUCUCCAUAGAUGGAACAAAAGUUGGGAAGGCCCACUUAAACGAUCUUGUUCUUCAGCCUGGUGACAAUACCGUCCCCGUGAAGGCCAUUGUGGACCCGGCAACUAUGGUUCGGCUGCUUGCGUUGAAAAAGGGCACCGAUUUGGUGGUGCCCGUGGAUAUCACGGCGUUGGAUAACUCCAACGGUUAUUGGAAACUCACUGGCGUCGAUUUUGGGACGAGACUGAACAGAGGGCUUGGUAUGACUGUGAUCAGUGAUGUCAAUGUCAAGCGCCUUCGAGAAGAUUUGGUGAAGUCGUUCGGGGGCAGCGGCAUUAGUGGAAUUAAGGCGGAAACUGUCCUGGAGUAG